AGCCACAUGGAAGAGUAUCUAGUUCAGAAAUCAUGGCCUUCGGAAUGCCCCGAUCCUUCCUGUAACCACAUUUCUAAGAAAGAGCAAGAUUAUCGCCGAUACCUUCAUGACAUGCACCAUUAUCACAAAGUAAUAUGUGUGGCAUCCAAGGAGGCUCACAAGAAAUGA